AUGACCGAACUAAGUCAAUAUUCUCCAAUUCUCAAAACCACAGGUUUCGGUGGGAAACAUUCUCAACCCGCUAUUAUAACACCAUCCACUAACACUCCAUCGGAAUCAUCUGUAAACGUUUCAUUAAAAACAGAAAGUCAGGAUUCCACAUAUAAAACAAAGUUGGAAAAAGGACUGAGAAACCAGCUAUUGGGAAAACGCAGAUCGGCCGAUACCGAGUUCUCAACAGUCCCCCAACGUCCCAAGAAAAAAGCCAAUUUCAAUCCAACAAAUCUGUACUUUUCGUUUUCCGCAUAUCACAUUCAUUGCAUGAAAAUUAUUACUAAAAAGAAACGAAAGAAGCGGAAGCUGAAGUAUGAUUUGGGAGAUUUCGUACCCGCCGAAAGUACCAUCAAGGCUCGUCGUUUGUUGAAUGCCCAAAAACAGUCGUCAAAGGAAGACGCCACAUCUGAUCCCUGA